GCUGCGGCGGAACUUGUUAAUCGACGUACAAGCAUGAGCACUCGCUGUAUAUUGCAGGCACUUCGGUGGUCAGUUUGGAGUUCCACUUGCUCUGUGUUCAAUAGGCUUCAGCAUGGUAGGAAUGCAGUGCGUUUCCUGGCGGCCUCAAGCUGCCGGAGGAGUCUUCCAACUCACUCCAGCAAUGAAGAAGCGCCACUUCCUGCCACAGAGAUGAAAAAUGACCAACAUACUCUUCUGGACAUGGGAUUCACUGUCACCCAAGUGGAGGAUAUUUAUCACUCCAUGUCCAAUGUCAAGAGAAAUGUGGCUGCAAAACACUUUCUACCCACACUCACGUUUUUAUUUGGCUUGGGCUUCAAUCCCACCAGUGUGGCCAAGAUCUUAUUGAAAUGUCCUGAACUUUACACCACCAAAGAAACACUUCUUCAGCAGCGGAUAAGUAACCUGCGGAAACUGGGCUUUGUUGAAGGAAGUCUUCAGAGAGUUGUGGCGUUCUAUCCCGUAAUUCUGAGCGUACCGGUCAAGACAGUGAAGCAAGUGGUGGUGUUCCUCAGAGAGAAGUGUCUCUUCACCCUACAGCAGGUCACCGACAUCCUGAAAGUUUCUCCUGCUGUCGUCCUAGAAGAUCUCAAUGCCUUGGAGAUUAAGUUCCAGUACGUCUACUUCCGAAUGGGCAUCAAACAGUCGGAGAUGAUAAAAGCCAAACUCUUCCGUUUCUCUCUGGAGGAGAUCCGCUGUCGACACUGCUUCCUAGAGCGGAGGGGCUUCUAUCAAACCCCCGACAAGAAGGGACAGACUCUGAUCAUCAACCCUAAACUGGACAACAUCCUCUGCGUGAACCUGGACACUUUCCUCAAACGUGUCGCCAAGGCAACAGAGGAGGAGUACGACGUGUUCCGGAGACUGAUGGCCAGGGAGUGGCAGGAAGAGGACCUGCCGCUUGGAGUCAUUGAAGCUGAUGAUGAGAGUGGUGAUGAUGAUGAAGAAGAUGAGGAGGAACAUUUGGGAAAGGCGGGCUACAUAAAGGGUAAAAAGAAGUAACAUUUAAAAGACAGCAAGGUAAUUGUACACAUGUUUAAAUGCACUUAGAUUCUGUUUAUUGUUUUGCAUCGAAAAGGAAGAAAGAAUAUCAUGUUUCUUUAAGGCAGGUGGUUGGUUUGGUUCACUCGGCAACAAAUAUUCAUGUUUUGGAUGAUACUUGGUUGGUCACAGUAUAUGUUGUCUCUUACAUAGUUUUGAUCUGCUAAAACUAUAGCUCUUGUGGAUGAUCCUGCAACCAAAAAUCAGAGUAUAUAAUAUGAAAGGGACGUGUGACUGGAGUCACAUUUUCGCUUCAAAGGUUUGUCUUCCUGUUUUGGGGAAUCAAAUGAAGUCAAAUGUUUAUUGAUAUCAUGGGAAUCGACGGCGUUGUCGCCAUGGAACAGCAGAGUGUUUGUCGUUAUCUACAUCCCAUACAUCAUCUGACUGAGUCAACAAGAGGUCCAUCAGAUAAAAGCUGCGGGCGACUGGAGUGGAAUGAAACUGGCACUGAUUUAUCGAAGCGUUCUGCUCUAAUGGGUCCACAUCACAGACGCUGCAGAGCAGGUAAGAGCUCACACUUGUUUCUGCCAAUAAUCCGUUCAUUCUUAGUGAUGUUACUGAGGAUUCAUCGAUUGUCACUCAUCAACACUAGAGGUUG